CCUCCCCUAGCUAACGAAGUGGGCCAUCGUUUGGUUAAAACCCUUUGUGCCUACCAGAUUAUGAUGAUUUUGCUUGGUAGUGCUCUUGGUACAGGUCUUACCAUCUCCUCAGCUUCCCAACUACAGAAAUCAGGUCCGGGCUCUUUGUUCAUUGCUUAUAUUCUUGUUGCCACAUUGAUCUAUUUUGUUGUUGGGGCAUUGUGUGAAAUGUCCAGUUACAUUCCCUUGCCCGAUGGUUUUGUUGGAUAUGCUGGUAGAUAUGUCGAUCCAGCUCUUGGUUUUGCUACUGGUUAUGCCUUUUUAUUCAGAUUUCUAACUGCCAUUCCCAAUCAAAUCACAGCUGGCGCCUUGGUGAUUCAGUACUGGGUUCCUAGAGAUCAAGUAAAUCCUGGUGUGUGGGUCACAAUAUUUGCAGUCUUGAUUGGUUUCAUCAAUUAUAUCAACAUUUCCAAGUUCGCCGUUGUUGAAACUGUGUUGUCGUCCUUCAAGAUCAUCACAGUGUUGGGCUUGAUUCUCAUGUUGUUUUGUAUAACCUUGGGAGCUGGUCCUGAAGCUGAUGGUCCAAUUGGUUUCAGAUACUGGAAAAACCCAGGAGCAUUUGCGCCCUACGAUUCAUUGCACCUUGAUAACGAUGGUGGGAAAUUCUUAUCCUGGAUUACCACUUUAACAGGUAGUGUCUAUGCAUUUAUGGGUAUUGAGAAUUUUGCCAUUAUUGUUUGCGAAAUAUCUAAUCCAAGAAAGACCAUCCCAAAGGCCUUUAAAUUGACAUUUACCACUGUGGCUUCAUUGUAUAUCACUUCGGUUUUCCUUUUGGGAUUAUGUGUUGCAUAUAACGAUGCAGUGCUAGUUGAAGCUGUCUCAAAUUCUAGUGGUAACGCAGGAGCCUCAGCAUUUGUCGUUGCAAUUGAAAACGCAGGUAUUCCAAUUCUUGACCAUAUUUUCAACGCCUGUAUGCUAGUAUUUGUCUUUUCAGCAGCCAACACAGCGUUGUAUUUCGGUACCAGAGUCUUGUAUGGACUAUCAGUCUCUGGAAAUGCUGUUCGAAUUUUUUCCAAAACUAAUCGUCAUGGAGUGCCAGUCUACUCGCUAUGUUUUUUCUUGAUUUUUGAUUGUUUGGCUUAUAUGAAUGUAGCAGAGGAGUCUAGAAAGAUUUUCAGACAUUUCAUCAAUGUCAGUUCAAUGUUGGGGUUAAUGGGCUGGACUUCGAUUUUCAUUUCACACAUUAGAUUUGUCAAGGCAUUCAAAGCACAGGGGUUGGACAGAAAAGCAGACUUGAAAUACAAAUUACCACUUGCACCAUACAGUUCCUAUAUUGGUUUGGGUGUAUCAAUUGUUUUAUCACUAUUGAAAAACUUGAAUGUUUUCUUGGAUAUCAACACUUCUGGAUUUAGUUAUGAGAAUUUCAUUAGUGGAUAUAUUGGUAUUCCACUUUUUGUUGGAUGCUACCUUGGAUACAAAAUUUACUUCAAGACUGAGUUUAUCAGAUCCGAUUAUGUUGAUUUGUUUUUUUAUAAAGAUUACGUCGAUGCAGAAGAAGAAGCCUUU